CCCAGUGUAUCUAUUUGACUAUUAUGCUAAAGAACUGCCAUUUUCUGGGCAUAUUAGUGUAGAGAAAACAGAAAAUGUGUAAGAAGAGAGGCACAAUCUAAGACAGGGGGCUAUGUUAUGAGGAAGCAUCCUUUUUAAGUGCUUCCAGACCAGCAGAGGUCUCUGCUUGUGGAGCUGCAGCUGGAGAAUGAGGCCUUUCCUGUUUCCUUUUCCUGUUCCUGUUUCUGUUUUCCGGCUUUUCUAGACCACACAACAAGAGCAGACAAGAUUUUUGAAGGCCCACUAUUGUGAAAUAGCAUCUUGAAGAUGGUAUUAAACAAAUACAUCCCUCCGAUUGUUUACCUGUUAGUGCUGCAGUGCCAAGCUUUUACAGUCAGAGAAAUAUUAGUUAAUGAACCUGUGACCUUCAUCUGUACCUGCGCUGGAAACCAUUCAGAGGUUCGGUGGACCCGUUUCAUUCCCAGCAAUGACAUCAUUGCUGCAUGUCACAACCAGAUAUGUCUGAUAGAACAGCAUUGGCUUACCAGAUUUGCAAUAUCAGGAAACAUGAGCAGAGGAAAUUUCUCCAUGAGGAUUAGUUCAGUAGUCUACAAUGAUGCUGGCUCAUACAGGUGCACCUGUGAUAAAGUUUUAGUUACAGAAGUAAAACUUAAGGUUUACGUUCCAACAGUUAUAAUAGCUAAAGAAGGGGAGACUGCCACCCUCCCAUGCUACGGACUCACUCACCAAAGGGUUAACGAUGUAAAAUGGAAGAAAGCUGGGCAGCAGUUCCUGCUGUACACUCAUGAGAACAGAUCCAUGACCAUUGAGAAAGCCUUAGCAGACAGAUAUAUGAUGUCCAUGGAAGUUUUUCUAGAUGGUGAUCUCUCCAUACACAUCAAUUCAGUUCAACAGUCGGAUACAGGAUUUUACCAGUGUCUCAUCCAUGAUGAGUCUCAGGAAGGAGAACCUCGAGCCUUGUUAAUGAAAGUCGAAAGGCUACAGCACUUACCCACCACUUGCAAUGGCACACUACUUGGACUACUUGUAUUUGUUGUCUUUGCUCAAGUAACAUGGGUUGUAAUCAAGAAACAUCAAGUGUGCCAUACCACUGCCUCUUAAAAUGAUUUUAUGUAUGAAAUACUUUGUCAUUACACUGGUGCUGUUUUUUUUUAAUUUAAAUUAUGACCUUAAAUUUAUGAAAGGAGUAGAAUUGAGCCGUUUACAUUUUCUAUAUUUUUAGCCCCACUUAUCGAAUUAAAUGGAUUGAAGCAAUUCUGUGAACUCCCUUAUUUAUUCCUAAAAUAAAAAUCCAUUAAACAAGUGA